GAAUUGGGCGCUCUGUAAAAGGUCAAAGUCUGUAGCGCGCACACGGGCGGAACGGUGUUUUAUGUGGAACUUUGAAGCUAUCGCAAAAAGUCAAUGCAAAUUGCUCGCAUUUUACGAGUCAUUUUCCAGUCACUGAGAAUAUGUACUUUGUGGAGACUUCACUGGAGUACAGGAGGUAACAUUAGAGCUCCUCCACUUGCUCAACUUCAGAGGGGAAAGUCCUAGAAAGUUCGGAUGUGAUUGAAUAAUUUUUUUUCCGAUCGAGCGGCCAUUUUAUUCUCGUAUCCUGCAGACCGCCUGUCAUGCGUAUGUGUGUACGUGUAUGUGCACAACUUCCGGAAGUAGUUUUGCAGAAAACCGCUAUGGGGUCGAAUUCACAACACAGCAACAGCAGAACGCUAACGACUUUAUGUUGAUGUCACAUCAAUUACACAGUAACAGUUGACAAAAGCCUUCAUCAAAUUCUCCAGUUUGGUAUUCUACGUAAGAGGGACUGGGGACAGUCCCCACGAACUACCAACAUGACCGCUAACACUACCAUGACCGACUUUAUGGCCGACUGGACGAUCAAACGUGUCAAGGCCAGGUAUGACUUCAAGGGCGAUGGGGACGACACGUUGUCGUUCUCCAAAGGCGAGAUCAUCGCGGUGACCCAGAUCGUGGACGGGGGCUGGUGGGAGGGCAUGAGCAAUGGCCAGGUUGGCUGGUUCCCGAGCAAUUUCGUCAAAGAUAUCAAGCCAGCCGAUGGCACACCCAAGACUAAUGAAGAAACAUUGGAAGAGAAAGAAAAACUGAAGUACUAUGAGCAGGUUGUACAAGCGCUGCUGGAGUCGGAGAGAAAGCAUGAGCAAGAAUUGAGGUCGUUAUUAACAACUUAUUUAAGGCCCCUAGAAUCAGCCAAUAUCUUGUCAGCGAGCGAUUUUACCCUGCUCUGCGGAAACAUCGAGGAGCUGCUAACAUUCCAGCAAUCGCUGCUGGCGUCGCUAGAAGAAACCGCCAAGCUGGAAAGUCGGCAAAAGAGAGUUGGAGCCUGUUUCAUGAGAGCGUCGACACAGUACAAAUCCCUCUACUCAAGCUACUGUGCCAACCAUCCCAAGGCUGUCCAUGUAUUACAAGACCACAGCGAAGAACUUGGCAAGUUUAUGGAGAGUAAAGGAGCAGCCAGCCCCGGCAUGAUGACGUUAACGGUCGGCCUGAGCAACCCCUUCCGAAGGUUAGACAACUUCAUCUCCUCCUUCCAAGAACUGGAGAGACAUAUAUUAAGUUCACAUUCGGACAGAAUCGAAAUUCAGACCAGUGUGUCGGUGUACAGAGAUAUCAAAAACCAUUGUUUACGAGUCAGGAAAUUGAAGGAAUCUGAGCUGGAGAUCAUGACGGGCACGAUACAAGGCUGGGAAGGGGAGGGCAUUGAUACAUACGGGACAAUUAUCAAAUUCAUCAACGCCGCCAUAAUGGUCGACGGCAUCAAGAAAGAACGCUUCUUGCUUCUGUUCCCCUCCUGCCUAGUGGUACUGUCCGCAACCGCCCACAUGAAUGGCUACAUUUUCCAGUAUAAAAUUCCACUCGCUGCCAUCAAGACUAGUCGGCAGCCGGACACCAACCCCAACUACGUGGCCUUUGACUUGACCGGCGGGUCCAUUGAAUGGCAGACUAUCGUCUGCGGCAGUCUGAUGGAUAGAGAGGACCUGCUGGACACGAUUGACGAGAUGCAGAACAAGGACCGGCCACCGUUGACGCCAAGCACUCCGCUCACGCCGGUCCCGCCCAUGUCACCGGCCAUGCUGCCUCAGUCGCCCACGAUGGCAGCCAGUCAGGCCAAGAGCAACUCAUUGACCAGGAAAGAGCGUAACAGCUCCUCCACCAGCCCGACCCGGACCAAGGACUCGCUGACGACGGUGUUCACCAAGAUGAAGCUGAAGACUAUCAGCUGUCUACGACCAGGCCCCCCGGUCAGUCCCAUCACAGUCUGGGCUCUGAAGGAAGGACAGGCCAAGAGUCCCAAGAACAAAAAGAAAGCCCUGCACGGCAGCAGGAAAAAAGCCGAGAAGAGCAAGACCCUCCCGAUGGAUAGCUCCGCCCACAAAGGGGUAGACACCCAAGCCUUAGAGGAAGACAAUCGCAUCCUGAAGGUGAUUGAGGCUUACUGCACCAGCGUUGGAUCCAGGAAUACCAUCAACUCAGUGCCGGUAGACCCCGCGCCCCACGUCUUUUUGGCCGAGGAAGAGAAGAUAAUUCACGAGGAGACCCAAGGAAACGAGACCAUAGUCGAAGAAAAGAGUCUGAUUGACACCGUCUACGCCCUCCGCGACCAAGUCAAAGAUCUCGUCGACGAGACCAAACGGCUCAAGCGUGACCUGGACGACGAGAGAAGGGCGCGCAAGAAACUGGAAUCUACGGUCCGCAAAUCCAUGAAGAGCAUAGAUAUCAAACUGGACGACGGGAGCUUAUGACGACUAAAACACGGGCAGAAGUAAACAUUAAACGUCUGCACGGAGAGCGAAAAACAACACAAUUUAAAAGUUUAGAGAAAUUGAAAUUGGAAAAAAAAUCUACAAAUCAACACAGCUGUGGAGAUCUGAUUUUUUUUUUCCUAUUUCUAUAUCUUUAAACCUUUAAACAGCUAUAUAUGUAUAUAGAUAUUAUGUUCCGAGGUGAAUUUAAAAAAAAAAUUACUUAACUCAGAUUACUUUUUUUGUUUAUAAUUUAAAAGUAAGUUUUUAGGGGUUUUUUUCUGUGUAAAACCUCAAAUGCCACUUCUCUGCAUAAUCUAGUAAAGACAAGUUCAGGCACUUUUUUUCUUGUAGUUAGGAUUUGGACAGCUGGCAUUGACGUUUUAAUUCUUAGUUUGUGUCAUCUGGUGACUUGCAUUUAUGAGCGAUUGAAUUUUGCGUUGCCCCUUUUUUUUCCCUCUUUUCUUUUUUCUUUUGCAACUUGUGAAUACAAGUAAGAUUUGAGGCUUUGCAUGGUGGAGAUACUAAAUAAUGAAAGGUUUGC